GUCGAAACGUUUUAUGUUGCAGUCAUACUGACUCUUUCAAUCGCCACAUUUCACCUCUGACCAGCAGCCAUGUAAGACGCUGUAGACAACAGAAUGGUCAACUCACACUUGUGUCUUGUUCUGCUUGCGUUGGUGUCCUGUGCUGCAGGCUCGCCGUUUGAAGAUGGACACAAGCAUUACUUCACCUACUUCUCCAAGUCUCAAGUUCUCGGCCUUCACAACUUGUCAACGAUCAUAAAGUUCCACGUGACCCCCGUGAACCAUUCCGACCAUGGCAGCAUGAACCUCCUUAUGGUAGACAGCUUUGUACAACAUUCAGACCAAGGAUAUGUGGACAACAACCCUAAACAUUGGGACCUGACACGGAACUUCCUGUUCCACGUGGGCGGGGCUGGAGCAGUGACACAGAUCUUUCACCACCCGGAGGAGGUGCACGAGGUGGUGACCCUGAAGAAACUACUGGCCGGAACACUGUCCAUGUAUAACAAGCGCUCUUCGAAGUCUAAAUGGAAAUACAGGGACUGGGAGACAGACCAGCAUGGGAAGUUACUCCACACUUAUUCCGGUAAAAGAUUGCCGACCGGAAGUGUGAUGAGCAGACGACAUAACAGCACAGCCGAAACACACAGACUGCACGAAAAGACUGUUGAAUAUGACCGCAGAGGAUUCAUAAAACAGAUCAAGUGUAAGGACACCAUCAGACUCAGAAACCAGCCUGCCCCGUCUCACACCUCCGAGGAUAUGGAGAAUGUUGUCAUAGUUUCACCGGAUACCGGAGAAUUUCCUACAUUGACGUCCACUGCGAGAAGCGUUGUGAAGCUCACAGCUCGCAGGCGACUGACUUUCACACAGGCAGUAGUGAUGGAAGACUUCAAGGUUGACACACCCCAAGUCAAGACGCCAGUACCAAAGGAGCAAACACUUAGUGAAGUGAAAGCCGUGUUCAGUGAUCUGCUGGAAUGCAUAAGAGAAUAUGACAACAAAUUCACCACUAACAGGACUGUGUGCGUUCAAGACCUUAUGCGCCUCUUCAACAACCUGACUCAGGCGGACAGAGUCGCCCUCGGCCACCAGUACCUUGCCAAGUGUGACACCAACGACACUUUGUGUAGAGAUGAGAGGUACCUGUUCCUGGACAUCCUCUGUCGGAGAGGUGACGAGGACUCGCAGAAACUGGUGUUGCAGUAUGUCCUGAACGACCAGGACGCCACGGAGGACGAACUUAGACGCCCCCUUUUCCAUUACGUCGUUCUCAAGGAACCUAUCCCGGAAACAGUAACAUCCGUUAAACAACUCUGUUUAGAUGGUGACUACGAACAUAUCCCUACAGUUGAAAUGACAUUGACCCAGAAGCGAGCUUGUCUGACACUGGGAGCUCUGGCUAGAUCGUUGUCCGAUAUGGGAAACAACACAGCUGCCGAGAAUGUCCUGGAGAAGCUAGAGAAUAAACUUGGCUUUUACAACCACACUCUCUCCUCCCCUAUCUUGGACCGCAAAAAGCGAUCAAUCCACGACUUCGAUUACGAGCAGCACCAUCACAUCGUGUCCAAGAUGGUUCUUCUACACAGUCUUGGCAAUGCUGGAAUGCCAAGGUCUUUACGUCAUAUCCGCUCAUAUCUCCAACCUAACCUUGGUUCCCCAACAUGGCGGAGGGCAGCAGCCAAUAGUCUCCGCCAGUACACCUGUAACGAGAGUGCACUGCUGCUGUUUGACAUCCUCGCCCACGAAGAGAAUGAGAAGGUCCACAAGGAGGCCAGAGAAGUGUACCUGAAACAUCCUCAACGACACCGCCUGACCAAGGACAAGGAGAAUAUUCUUCUGUGCCACGACUACACCUACAAUGCCGUGUCCCGUGUACGCCGUGACGUCUUCCACGUUGACACAAGUGAUGGUCUACGUCUCACCAUUAAGAUGCCAGGAAUCGACUGGCACAAGACCUUUGGGAGCAGCAGCAUAGGCGCGAGUCUUGGCCUGAGGAUAACCAACAUGCUUGACAUGAAGCUGCAUCCAUUACACAGUUUCUUUAGCAUCAACGUUGAUGAUGAAGCGUGGGUGACAGCAAACAUCGGCAUAAUUGGCAAACACGUGGACAUCGUCAGGGCAAAGUUUUGUUAUGCUGGCCGCAUAAAAUAUGACCUCAACGUUUUAAAGGAUUUCAACAUCAACCACUUCAAGGAUCUCCUUCAGAAGCUGGACAAUAUAUUCCACUCCAUAGUAGAUGGCAUCAAAGACGCAAUCACUAUGUUUAAGAAGAUCACCCAACCAGGUUAUAUUAAAGGAAUGCUGACAGAGAUCAUCAACUUUGUGAAGAGCCUCCCCAGCCUAGUUGUCCAGUUUGUGGAAGACUUCGUGGACCUUGUGAAGAAAGUGGUCAAUUACCACACUGAUCCCAUCAUGGAAAAGGUGAAACAGAUCGCACAGAGGGUCAAGGCUUUUGCUGAGGAGAUCAAACAGGACGCCUUGGAGUUCUACCACAGCCUUGCUGACCCUGUGGUGAUAACGCUUCCCAAAGUUGGCAAGAUGCUGAAAGAGGCUGGAGAUGACAUCAUCGCAAUCUUCAAGGACUUCUUCAAGAGUCCAGCACAAUCCUUCUCCAGAAUUGGACAAGCUGUCAUGAAGGUUCGCCUUGCUGUCACAAUGGUAAUAGAUGCCAAGAAUAAGAUAGCUGACGCUUGCUCAUUCUCUAAAGGAACAAGCCCAUUCUGGAUGCAUAUCGGGGAAGGAGUGACACAAAUAACAGAUGACAUCAAGGACUUGGUGGCCACGGUUAUGGACAAGGUCAACACCAUCAUACAUCCCCGAUCAUCAAGCUCGGAUGGUACCAACGAUGGCAUCAUGGGACCUUACAAGAUGAAGACCUGGUUUAACAAUGAGUCACAGGUUAUGCUGUCAAACGUCACUUCAAGGAUGUCAGGACUGAAGACCAUGGCAGAUCCUUUCUUCAAAGCAUACAAAGACGUCAUGGGUGUCGUCACUGGUGUAAAGACGGCAUUUGAAACCGUGAAAACAGUUGUCAAUGUGGGAAAGUCACUGGUUCAAAAGAUAUUCGGAAGCAAGUUCCACCGUCGGUUUCCAGCAGAGAGAAACUCCGGGUCCUGUACAGACGCUGUAUGGCCUGCCACAGGUGGGAACAAGUAUCCGACAAUCGGCGUUGACGUCAGUGCUGACCCUGGACAUAUUAUUGUAAAUCCUGUAGCAGGUAUCGUCCAGUCAACAGGUGCUGACGAAGUCACAAUCACACCUACCGAUGACAACUUCAUGGAAUACCAGGUCGUUAUUAACAACGUCAUUCCCAACAGUAACGUCACAGAUUCGGGCUCUGUCAUGGAAGCCGGCGACGACAUCGGCACAGCAGGAGACAUCAACUGCAGUCCCAACUUUAUACACGUUGCUCUUCGUGUCACAGAAACGGGAGAAUGCGCUGACCCAUCUAAAUAUCUGGAUAGGCUUUUGCCCAUACCACACUGGGUACAAGAAUGCAAUGAGCACACGUUCUACUACAUUGGCAAGACAUACGAUGCCGACGGAACGACGGAUGGAGCCCCCAAGGAAAUUAUUGAAAAUUACAUUGGUUCACAAUUCUCAAAGAUGCAGACUUCUGCUCAUGUCGAGCCUGACCCCGCUACCCCCUUCAAACCUGAAGGAACAGAUCGACCUAAUGUCAAAGCUCUCGCAAACUCCUUCCACAAUCUCUUGUCGCCGCUGAAGAACUUUGGUCAUAUGUUGAAGUCUAUCGCGAUUCCCAAUAUUGAGUCUGUCUUCAACAUCAACACGAUGACGGUAUCAAAGCUCAAAGAUAUUUUGAAGGCCAGGCUAGACAUCGUGAAGAGAAUAGACAACUUUGUUUCCGAGGUUGACCUUUGUCUACACUCCAGGCCUGUGGAAGAACCAGUGUCUCUUUCAACCUUUAAACUGCGUAGUCUUCUCGCCUUGAGCAAAAUACCUGUCAUUGGAGAUAAGAUUGGAAUGGUCAAAUCUCUAGUAACGCAUGGACUUGAUGCGUGUCCAAACCUGAAGUCAGGUCUAGCUUAUGGCUUCGGCCAUCUGUGUACCCCUGAUCCCGACUGUCAAGGCAUGUCCUGUGGUGUUGUGUUUCCAUACUCAAACUAUCACAAGACUGUCAGGGUGUAUAUCAGGUCCUGUGGCUCCAGGUUACAUCUUACAUUCCCUGGUAUGACACGAGAGCAUGAUGCUAAAGAUGUCCCCCAAAUCAUCGAUCUGCCUCUCACAGACACUUUUGUGAAAAAAUUCCACAUCAUCUUCCGACUGAACACUUUUGAAAAUGGAGCAGAUAUGGUAGUGAGUCUAACAGGCAAUCUAUGUUCAACGGACUUCGGCUCUUGUCUUCCUAUGGUGCAGAUUCUGAACAGAACAAAGUUCAAUAACCCCCUUUGUAACCCAGCUAGUGCAAAUGCCAGCACUGUGUCUAAAAUCGAGUCUAUGGGUAUCCGACUGUGGAUGUCGAAGAUAUCCCAAUGUCAUCUGGACAUGCGAGUGGCAGGAGAGCUGCUCAACGACAUUAGACAGGGCAUCCUCCACGUGCUGUUUGAUACUACGAAGAACCCCCUAGAAGCAUUGCAAAAGGAGUUCAAGGAGAAGAAAGAUAGCUGCAGUCAUAAAAAAAUCCCAGUUAAACCCAUGGACAUGACAUUUUUCUCAUUCAAUAAUCUAUUCAUGGUUGGGCCAAUUCCAAUGACCCUAGGAUUUGGCGCUGGUGGGACAAUUGGCGUAGAAGUUGAACUGAGAGUGUGUUUCAUGAGCAUGAGGUUGGAGGGGAAACUAACUCCCAGUUCUUCCAUCAACGUUUGGGGCAGUCUCGGGAUUGACAUAGGAUUCGCUUAUGGAGGAAUCACACUUACAGGCUACAUCAUGCAGACCAAGUUUCCAGUGACUGGCACGUUAGGGUUUGCAAAAUUCCCACUGGAUGUGACUGCUCGUAUGGAUAUGGAGAUGGUGCCACUUGCCCUAAAACUGGAGGCAUACGCUAAGCUAAGGCUGAUAUUUGUAACUGUCACCGUAUACAGGGGCAAUAUUUGGUACUAUUCAACACCCACAAUCAAGAAAAAUAUUUUCACAACGCCGAACAAAGGGAGUGACUCCUCCCCACCAACAUUCUCAAAGAAUUCUGUUGGUACCAGAAGCAAGAGAUCUGCUGCUUCUGGGGGCUGUGAGGUGAAGCAGAUAAAAGGACGCUCGCCAUCAGAUACUGCAUUCAUUCUGAAAGCUACAUCCGAUGAUGAUGUCAGUGAAGUGAAGAUGCAUUAUGGCAUAGGAACAAUUUCAGGCGGUACGGAUGUAGUUGACUGGACGGAAAUGGCCGGAAACACACUUACAAUGCCCAUGAAGCUCCCGUUUGGAGUUCCUCUCUACUGGACAUUAAAGGCCAGUAACAGUGAAGGCGGGGAAGCUAAAACACAGUGCAUGCUGCACACAUAUGACAACACUCCUUCAGAUGGUAGAGUUGAUGAAGAUUUCAGAAUUUCAAGUAAUCCAUUUGAACUUGGUGGCACAGUGGUUGUAAUUGAUGAUAGCAUAGUCGAUCCACAACAGGAGAUAGCCCUUGGAUUCAGUUCUGGAUCACAGGGGAAUGAGGUCAUACCUUGGGAACCUAUAUCUCUUGAAAGAACCACAAUGAGGUCAGGAGAACCAACAGAACUUAAAUAUUUCUCUCUGUCAAAGACUGGAAGUUUGACCGCUGAACCACUGAAAAGUCUUAAAACCAGGUUUGAUCACGAAUGCGCAAAACAGUGCAUUGAUUUCGGUCAAAACUGUGUUUCAUUUGAUUUUGAAUAUAAUACACAGGUGUGUGACCUCCAUUCUGUUGGGGAAGGCCCAAGUGCUGCUCUGAGACAAAAUGGAAACUACAAGUCUUUUGAGAGACUUGGCGUUGGUCAGAAACAUUACAAACUCUUCAAAAAUCUUAAUCUAACCCACAAGGAGACAUAUUUCAUGAAUACCCACGUUACCAAUGAACUUGGGUAUGAGAGCCAUCUGUCCUCUCACGGAACGCUCCUAGAUCUGACGCCUCCCAGUCCUGGACCUGUUGGGAACACCACGAAGGAUGAAACCACAUUCGAUGGCUGCUCAGCAUCCAUCCUCCAACGUUGUAAGGAUCUGUCCAAACUACCCAAUCACAGGAAAAUAACUGAUGGACCUGGUGGAAGUACUGUCUUCAAUGGACACAACAAACGGAUUGAUGAAAAGUAUACUCUUUCCAACAACCUUAUUGCAGGGAACUGGGAUGGCUUUCAUGACAACGAGACUGGCAUCUAUGGUUACACUUGGGCUGCUGGUACAUCUGUAUGUUCAAACGAUGUGGUGGACUACAACGACCCUCAUGCUAAAAUACCCAGCAGGAAUGAGUGGACCUACAGCGGCUUGACCUCAGGCCUUCAUCUCUCUGAUGGGCCUCAUUACGUCACAGUUCAAGCUGUCAACAACAUCAUUCAUGGCGGGGCUCUUGUCACAACAGUGUGCCACUCAACACCCAUCAUAGUCGACACGACACCGCCCAUCUUUAAAAGCAUUGAUGAAGUCUUCUUUGAUGGCGAUUUUGAGCUACUUGGACUGUACUACAAUGGAUCCGAUCCUCUAUCAAAAAUUGCCCAUGUCCACUUUGGGCUUGGAUUAACACAAAAUGAUGUCAGCCUGCGAUCCUAUGAAGAAUAUAAAUCCUUUGGUGACCCAAAACCAUAUGUAUUGGUUGAAGAUUUUGUCCUGGCUCAAGGAGUUUCUGCUUGGCCUAGAAUUCGACUUACUAACAGUGUUGGUCUCUCCACAAGUGGCCACGCCAAUGAACCGAUCAUUGUGGACGACUCUCCGCCAGUAGUUGGCAUCAUCAAUGACGGGGCCGUUGUUGGCGUAGAUGUGGACUACCAGGCAGAUGCACAUGCCAUCUGCGCUCAGUGGGAAAAUUUCUAUGACUCGGAAUCUGGAAUUAAGAGGUACUUGUGGGGUGUUGGUACCUCGUCUGGUAUGGACGACGUUGUCAAGUUCAAAGUGGAGGACCGUACAGUCCACAAUGACUGUAGCAGUGUUUCACUGACUCACAACACUACAUAUUACUCAACCAUCAUAGCAUUCAAUGGAGCUUUGAACAUGAAGAGGGUUAACUUUACUUCAAAUGGAGUCCUGGUGGAUAUCACGGACCCAGUAAAGGGCUGGAUCAAAGAUGGAGGUGAUGCAACACAUGAUGCCACUUACUCCUCAGAGCAAGCUCUGAUUCAGGCUGUUUGGGGGGGUUUCUCUGAUGCUGAGAGUGGGAUUGUAAAGUAUGAAGUCGACAUAUAUAUCAACAACCAACACAGGAAAACUAACACAAUCUUACCAAGCCAGGAUGGCCAGUUGAACUACUUGAACGAGAAAACACUCGAACUGAAGCAAGGUGAUGUCGUGUAUACAAAAGUCAGGGGAUUCAAUGGAGCAGGAAAGAGUGUCGAAGCCUCAACCAAUGGCUUUACACUAGACCUGACACCGCCAGUAGCCUACUUUGUUCACGACAAUGAUGGGCAACAAGAGUUCCAGUUGGAUAAGACAGGACUUCAUCUAUCAUGGAAGUUUGAGGACGCUGAAUCGGGUAUCGAGAAGUAUAUGGUUUCCGUUUUUAAAAACUUCGCUGGCAUGAAGAGAAGAAUCUGGCCCUCGACUGACGAGGCAAAGGACAUACCCGCAACAGGAGGGCAAAUAUCCUAUCCUCUGACAAGUCUUACCCUUGUGAAUGGGGCACGCUACUUUGCCCAUGUAAUAGCUGUCAAUAAAGCCAAGAUGUCAAAAACUGUUGAUUCUCCAGGUGUGGUGAUCGAUUACACACCACCAAAAGUAGAGAAGAUCCACCUUGGGCCACUGAAGGAGGAUGAGGAAAUUGAAGAUGGAAAACUUAUCCAUACCGACAAUUCCAAAAUGACAAUCUCCUGGAAAGUAAGUGAUGAUGAAAGUGGCAUCAGUGAUGUAUUUGUUGCCAUUGGAAACUCGGAACAUGAUCAGUCCAUAACCAAUGGGUUUCUCACUUUCUCCCAGACAAGUGAGGUGACACUGAGACAUCUGAAACUGAUUGAUUCUCUGACAAGUGGCAUCUACUACUACAUCCAGAUUAAGGUAAAGAAUGGUGCAGGUGCAGAAUCCAAUGUAACCAUUUCCAGACCAAUUAAUGUCCUACCUGGAAAUGUCCCAGGUGUGAUAUAUGAUGGAAGGAAACGUUUCAUUGAUGCAGACUACCUGCAUGAUAAAUCAACCUUUGCGAUGUCAUUCGCUGGUUUCAAAAGUAUUGCCUGUGGUAUUGUUGCCUAUGAGUGGGGCAUUGGGACUGAGCCUUAUGUGACAGAUAUUGUGCCAUUCACUGGCUUUGGUAUUGUCAAGACGAAUGAAUCAUCAGGCUUUGGACAAAUUGACAUCCAACUCUUUGAAGGUGUGAAGUACUUCACGACAGUUCGAGCAAGAACUGGACACAGUUGUCAUGAGGAACACAUAGUUUCAACAUCUGAUGGUAUCAUGGUGGACACAGAGGGACCUAUAAUCAAGGCAUCCAACAGAAAAGGACAUACAAUCCCAGAUGUUACGUCCUGGGGAGUGGUGUUCCAGACUGACACCGACAUAGUUGAAGUAGUUCCUGAUGUCACUGAUCCCUCUGGAGUAAAUGCAAGCCACGUAUGCUUAGGUUCCUACCCAUAUGAGGAUGACAUCCACAAAUGCAGUAUUCAGAAUGAAAAGAGCGUCAAGGGACUACAUCUGCAGCCAGGAUCAUCAGUAUUCAUAACAAUCGAAGCCAAAGACAAUGCUGACAACAGUGCUGUAUGGGAGUCUGUUGCCUUGAUCCCUGAUUCCACUCCACCCGAACUGGUUAACUUCACAUGUACAAAGGAAAUUUCUAGCAUUAAAUCUGGAAUAGCUUGUGUUUGGGAUGAAGCAAGGGAACAUGAGAGUCACAUGGAAUCUAUCCGUAUCUGCCUUGGUGUGGCUGAUAAUCCCUGUUCACUGUCUCCUUUUGAAAACAUACCACUCCAAAAGAGAUCAUGGAAAACUGACAUCUUUAGAGUUGUUGACAAGGUAAAAGACGAUAAGAUAUUUGUCACAGCUCACCUAGCAAAUGCCAUGAAGAAGGAAACUAGUUUGACUAGAGAAGUAAUCCUUGAUUCAACAAUACCUACAGCUGGUCGAGUUUUGGUUGUUACCAAUGACCGAUUGAGAGAUAAAACUACUCAUAAGCAAUGUCAAGUGCCAAACUCCUUCGUUGAGGUGAUCAUAACAGGAUUUGAAGACAUUGACACAGGCAUAAGCAGGUGUGAAGUUGGACUGGGUCGCGAACCGGGCUCAACAGAUGUUCACAGAAUGAUAACUGGCGAGCCGGAGACAGUUAUUUUCUUUGGAAGACUAUCUCUACAACCAGAAGAUAAAGUGUACGCUACAGCAACAUGUAUAAAUAGGGCUGGUCUCUCAGCAUCUGCAACAUCUGAAGCAGUGGUAAUUAGCCCAUCCCCACAACUUACAGUUACUGAUGGCUCUGAAGAGAAAGACGAAGAUUUCCAGACAGGUCUCUCAGCUCUAGAAGGACACUGGCAUUACACCAGUGGUUGUCCUGUGGUUAAGACUGAGUGGCAGAUUAUGACAGUUAGCUGGACUGUUUUCCAAGACUUCACACCAAUACCAGAAUCCCACGGAAUAUUCUUCAAUGACGAACUGCAUCUCACAGCAGGAUUUACCUACAUCAACGCGAUUCGUGUAACUGAUGCCAUAGGAAGAAUUCACAUCGCAUACUCUGAUGGUGUGACUGUUCUCAUAGAACCACCACACCCAGGGGCCGUCAGGGAUGGGGUGGAUAAAGAUACAGAUUACCAGACGUCUACAGUCGAACUAUCAGCCAACUGGGAUGCGUUUGGUAAGCCAAAUAGUACAGAUGCCACUCAGGAGAUCGAUCGAUAUGAAGUUGCGAUAGGUGAUGAUGUCAAGAACCCAGCUUCACGAUACAACGUCCAUUUCUUUGAAACUGCCUUCCUUAAUACUUCGUACAGAUUCAGAAAUCUGAAACUGAAAGCUAAGUUGAUAACAUAUUACGUAACAGUACGUGCAUACAGCAAGGCUGGGAGUUUUGAAGAAGCAUACUCAGAUGGCAUUAAGGUUGGAUUUGAUUUGGACAUAACCCCUGGGAGCAUUGACUUAAACAAGUACAGUGAUAGCAGUGAGGAUCUAAAGGUCUCAUGGACUGGUUUCUACUCAGAUAUUGGAAUCACAGAGUACACUGUUGGAGUCAGCAAGGAUAGUAUUACCCUUCCAGUCAAUACUACUAACUGUAAGUCACUGAUGUCUGCCAUUUCCCCAUACAAUUCAUCCUUCAGAUCUGUUGGACACGACACUGUAGUGCAUAUGCACAAUCUAAAGCUUCAACAAGGUCAUUCUUAUUAUGUGACAGUCAUUGCUCAUGACAAGGUUGACUCAUGCAUUGGUGUGUCCGAAGGUCCUGUGACCAUUGAUACAACUCCACCUACACAAGGUCAUAUUUCUGCACUUGGAGGUGAGAGUGCAAAGGUUCUGUACAUCAGCAGCAGCGAUGAGGUGACCUUACACUGGAGUGGCUUUGAGGACAAUGAAAGUGAUAUUCAAACAUACCACAUACAGCUGUAUUCAGAAAUGCCCUGUAAGCACGAAUCGAAGAAACUGGUCAAAGUAAUGGAUGUUCACAAUAAAACGCAUAUUACUCUAUACAGUUUGAAUCUAACUCUCACUCUAAUGUAUACGUUUACAAUAUCUGCCAUCAACCGAGCUGGUCUGAAUACUACAGCUGCAACACUGCCUAUCCUCAUCGAUGUCUCAAGGCCACAAGCCGGAACUGUGAAAGUUGGUGGAGACUGGCACACAUCAAGGACCUUCCAAAGUGAAAAUGAUAGAGUUGUAGUGCAAACGGCACUGGCCAGAAGCAGGAAAGGGUCAGAAUGCAAACGGAGUAAGGAAAUAUUCCCCAAACCUUCAAAUAAGGAACACUGGCAAGUUCUGGUCAGAUCAGACAUAUCAAAUUCCUCUGCUCUUGUAGAUAAGUAUGCACAAGUGGCCCUCACAUAUGAUGAAAAUUUAAAAGAUGUCAUACGUGGAGGGUUAAUUCUUGACCUUGAGGAUUCACUAACAGAAGGAAAUUACACAUUCAAGUUAUUAAGUGCAAAAGGACAGAAUAUCAUCACUUCCCUACAUAUUGAAUUCUCUGAUAUAUCUGCCUACCAAACUCCAGUCCUGAAGGACAUACCAAGACUCGAUGAUGAUGUGUCUGACAAAACCAACACAACUCUCAAUGAAACUGAAGAAGAAGUUCAAUGCCUUUCAUCACCAGGAGUUGCAGUCUUCUUCUAUGGCUAUGAUGAUGAUAUCCAUGCUUGGAAAGGACGAAUCUGUUUAAGAGAUGAUAGUAAGCAAACAGAAUCCUGGUUUGACUUACCUGGAGAUCCAUCAGACUAUGUUUAUGAAAUUAGCCUAAGAUUCAUGAAAGACUUUGAGAAUGUGAAGGUAACAUGGAGGACAACACUUUUCAUCGAAGGUCAUCGUAAAGCAGAUAUUGAAGGUUACACAUUUUCUGGAAAACCCAGCAUCAUCUACCGUGUACACAAUCUCAAUUAUUACAAGCCUCCUGUUGGAGAUCCUCUCCAUCCAUUUUUUACACAGGCUGUACUGAGCUAUUUGGCAGUACCUGACACAGUUGACAGAGAAUGUUUACAUGGCGAACCAUUCUAUGAUGGAGAGAGUGGACUGAAAGAAUUAUGGGUUGGGAUUGGAACAAAUAAAAGCUUCAUGGACAAUGUGCUUCCAUUCAAAUUGGAAUCAACAUUUUGUCUACCAUGCAAGGAUAGCUGUAUGGAAGCAUGCGAUCCAAACUGCUCUGUUUCAUCUAUUGAAAAACUGUCUGUCCUGUCACUGGAACUUGUGAACCUAACUCUGGAUCACAGCGAAAAGUUAUCAGAUCAUAAAAACACAAACUCCUCAAAACUGAUGGAUUUUAAAGCUCCAACAUAUUAUAUCAGUGUGAAGGCUGUGAACUUUGCAAAUCAAUCAACUGUUGUGACGUCAAAUGCUUUCCAAGUUGACAUCACUCCACCAGAGUUCCAGUACAUGAUGUGUGUUGAUCCUCAACACUCUCUGGACGAACCUACUGACUUCAUAGGCUCUAAUAACAGUGUUGGGGCGUUCUGGGAGUGCAGUGAAGAUGUCAGUGAGAUAGCUGAAUACACACUUCAGAUUGGCAGAACAAAAGGAGGUCACGAUGUUUUGAAUGCAACCUCUGUUGGGUUAAAGAGAAAGGUUGGUUUGACACUGGAGCAUGCGACCAUGGACGAUGGCAAAACCUACUAUGUCACUGUGACAGCUAUAAAUUCAGCAGGAUUAUCUACCCAGACGGUAUGCAAUGUGACGGUAAUGAUGGGGGCACCUGCUGUUUCUAGUGUCUACACACAAAGUCUCUUUACCUCAGGGUACACAAAGCAUGCCGUGUCACUGACACCCUCACAACACAGUAUCGGUAUCCGUGUACAUGGUGGAUAUGGCACUCUUUACUAUGAAUGGACUAUUGGCACCGUCCCCGCAACUGAUGACGUCUUCCCCAUCAUCAAAGUGGCAACACAAGCAGAUUCCAAAAUAUCUAUUGAACAAGGACAUCUGUUGAUCGAUGGAAAAAUUACAAACAUAUCUCUCAGUGACUACAAUACUAACGACACAGAUAGCAAUACCUCCAAAGCAGAUGGGUCUUUCCUGAUGCUCGAGCCAGGCAGGUGCUACUAUCACAGUCUACAUGCUGUGAGCCGUUCCCAUGUUGCGGUUGCUGUGUCUACCCAACCAGUCUGCGUUAAACGAAAAGAUGACAUUCUUGUUGAGCUUGAGGAUAAUAAUAACACCAUGAAGUCGGUGGUCAUUAAUGCAUCAUCUGGUGGUGGCAAUGAAACACUGCACCUGACAAUUAAAGGUUACAACGGAAGCCUCCUCAUUGGCACUUUAAACUCAACUGAUUUAUCCAUGAUCUAUGGAAGUGCAGCGACUGCAGAAUAUGUUCCUUAUAUUACUGAUCCCCGGGAAACAUUGGAAGCUACUUCAAGGCUUCUCCAUGGGCGGAUCAUAAGGCCAUCGGGACUGUCAUUCUAUAUCUCACCAGCCACUGAAGCAUUUGUGGACCCGUUGAUGGAUUUCACUGUUCAUGGUAUUUUCCCCAAGGAUGCAAACAAGACCAUUGCCCUGCUGUCUUGGAAUAAAGAUACAGAAAAGUGGGAACUCUCUCCUGAACGCUGUCCGAAAGAUCUAGCAAACAACAGUGCAACUGGAAAGCUGUGCCUCCAAGGCCAGAGACAUGUAAUGAAUGGAAAAGAAUACAUCGCUAGUAUGCAACCCCAACUGCUGUGUCUGUUUGAAAUAGACAAGGAAGUACAGAAUACACCACCAGUUGUCAUCACACAGAACAUAACGUCCGACGAAGACCAGCCACUGAUAGAAUACAUUGAUGUCACAGACAAAGAGGAUGAUCUUAUCUCCUUUACACUCACGGGCCAAGGACAACAUGGGAAUGCAUCUAUUACCACUGAUGGCUAUCUUAUCUAUUCUCCAGAACCUGACUAUUGUGGAGAAGAUACAGUUAUGGUAGAGGCAAAAGAACAGAACGUUCCUCUUGGAGCCAAGACAUACAAUGUACUACAGGACAUCCACAUCCAGGUCCUCUGCAUUGAAGAUCCUCCAGAACUACGAUUCAUCAGUCCGAAUGAUGACGUGUAUGAUGCCGAUGUUGAUGCCACUGUCAAUGUUGAACUUUUGUCUUCGGCAAGUACCUCCACCAGUAAACUCCUUGGGUUCUUUGUUCUAUCCGAUCGAGACGUUAGCAAACUUGACAUUGUAUUUGAUUCAGCAGCUGCAAAAGAGGUUAACAUUGAACUGAAGAACACGACUCAGACAGAGUCUAUGAAAGCACUGAGCAAGCUGGGCCACCACAAAGAGAAAUCGAAUCUGGUGUAUGGGGUCUGGGUCAUCAUGCCUGCAAAUUCACAGCAUAACAAAACAAUCAAAUUCCGAGCCAAAGACGACGAGAAGGUCCACAGUAAUCUCAUAUCCUUAGAAAUAUCGGUCAGAAAGGGUUCAUGCCAAGGUCAAGCUUGUAAUGCAAUCAAAACCCAGGGCCUGAAACGUGAUAAAGCUGAAGUCUUCAGCGACCAUCAAGCAGUACACAAGAUGCUCACACCGCCUCCUCAGUUGUUCAGGAACGAUUUUCUCGGAAAAGGAUCUUUGCAAAGUGGAGCAUCAGGAUUGCAGGGGAGGAGUAUAUCUCUCAGCAGGGACGGAAUCUUCUCACUGGCUUUAGAUUUUUCUGAGGCCACAGAGCAUAUUAUGAUCUUGACAGCAUCAGGAAAAGUGAACAUCUCUGCAUCUGACAAAGUCCCUAUUGAAGAAAUGAACAAGAACGCAGACCGACAAAAUAGAGGGAGGUUUGUAGAGCAGCUCGGCACACCGCUAACUGUGAAUGUUAAACCCGAAGACCUAAAUGGGACGCAUGUAGACAUUAGAGUUAAAUCGGCGCACGACAACACGACCAGCGUCAAACUGUUCUUCAAAGGCAAUUAUGGUGCAUGGCAUCCACUGCCUGAUGUAUGUAAGAGAACUAAGUCGACUGUUCUGACAGAGGACCAGUACCUGGUUUCUUUAUGUCCAGUUCUCUUUGAUAAGAUGAACCUUACCAAGUCUAACAAUGGAGACGUGUCGAUUUACCUGGCAAUAUUUGCCUUGAAGAACACUCCCGUCAACACCCCACCCCUUCUGGAGGACGUUGUAAUCUAUGUUCAGGAGAGUCAUUCACUAAAUCACCAAAUCAAGGCAAAAGAUGCUGAGGGGGAUAAAUACACAUUUAGUAUGACGAAACAACCAACACAUGGCUACGGUGACCUCGAUGCCACAGGAAACCUAUUCUAUUCUCCAACGCCUCACUAUAGUGGUCUGGAUCACAUCGAGAUUGAGCUUGCGGAAGUCCCUGUAGAAGGGUUCAAACCAAAAGCUCAAAGAUAUACAGUCACCAUCACUGUUACUGCAGUGAACGACCCGCCCAUCAUCUAUUACCUUCCUCCAGACAGUGGUAUGUUCCGGGUAGAAAAUCAUGACCUAGUGGAACUCGACAUUACGAGACCAAUCCCCUACCAAACAACUGUCGUUGACCUCGGCAACGUCGUCGCAGCUGACUGGGAUGAGGAUGAUGACUUCACUUACCAGAUUAUACACCUGAAUAAGACGGAUCACUACUUUGGUGUACAGUCAACCACUUUACCUGAUUCGAUCUGGACCACCAAGCUCUAUGACAUCAACCGGCUUCCACAAAAGAAGGCCUCCAAAAUAACGUUGCACUUACCAUCAGAGUUCAAGGGUACCUUGAUGUACAAGGUAAUUGUCAAGGACAUGGCAGGGGCACAGGUUGGGCUGGAUCUGAACGCCAAGGUUUCCUACAACUUCUGUCAGGCUGGAAGUGCGUGUAUUGAUCACGUCAGCGCCAAACGCAUUGCCUAAAGAAUUCGACAUCCUGUUCACAGAACGCUUUGCUAUACCGUAUCUAUACUUUUAAUUAUGCAUUGUGUUAUUACAGCAAAAUUCAUAAUGUGUUACACAAAUACAGAAGCAUACAUAACAUAGUCUACUUGAGUAUGAUCGAUGUUCAGGAAGGUAUUAUAUUGCCAUGACUUAUUGUAAAUAAUUUGAAUAAAGGCUUUUUGUGCAUCUCAAAAA